AAAUAUCUUGCAUCGGCAUUAUUAAUUGAUCUGCAGGUGACUCCUGAAGCAAAGAAGAAAGCUGCAGAUGCGAAAGCGAGGGGAGAUGAGGCAUUUAAGAGGAAGGAUUACACUAUGGCUGUGGAUGCUUAUACACAGGCAAUCGAUUUUGAUCCAACUGAUGGCAUUCUGUAUUCGAAUAGAAGUCUUUGUUGGAUCCGCUUGGGGCAAGCUGAACAUGCUUUAAGUGAUGCCAAGGCCUGCAGACAACUUAGACCGGAUUGGGCAAAAGCUUGUUUUCGGGAAGGUGCAGCUCUACGGCUAUUGCAGAGGUUUGAAGAUGCAGCCAAUGCUUUCUAUGAGGGGGUACAGAUCGACCCUGAAAGUAUGGAGCUCGCAACUGCUUUCAGGGAAGCUGUUGAGGCUGGUAGAAAAUUUCAUGGCACGAAUAAGAAAAAUUCUCAGUCAUCCAGGAGUUAGUGGUGUUAAAAAGUGCAUAAUGACAGGACUUCUGCCUGAGCAAGUAGAUAAUUUUAUCGGACAUGCCCUUUUUUUGGUAGUUUCAGAAUGUAUCAUGUGAUGUUUUUCCCUCUAGUGAUUUGUUCUGUUGCAUCUUCAGAAAUUUAUACUCACAAUAUAAUUUCUUUUUUCUGAGGUUCCUCCCACA